CUUUGGUGAUAAAAUUUGAUCACCAAAGAUUGGAUAGACGUUUUAUAUAUUAUCACUUAGUGAUAAUGUUUUAUUAAUUAUUUUCAAUCACGAAAAGCCUUAGACCCGUUCGGUGAAGCUGAGUUAGUAAGAACUCUUAAAUAUGCUUCUCCGAAUUAUCCAGGACGGUAUGUGUCCGCAUGGAUAGUUUGGAUUUAUUGUGUACCUAUAAUUUGAUCUAGUACUCAUUUUAUUGUUUCGUUAAUAGAGAUUUCAAUAUGUGUCUCCUUAUUUGUUCUCGUAAGUGGGCAAACUUAAUUUUAGUCUGCCCACUUAUGAGAACUAUAGGGAGGUGCUGCCGAAAUUUUUACAUAAACAAAACAAUUUUAAGAGUGUAGAUUAAAUUAUAUGUAUACUACAAAUCUGAAUGGGAUAGGUUCUUUACCCUUAUAGAAGUGGAGUGAAAAGGUGGAUUAGGGCACACACACACAUAGUCAAUAAGUUUUAAUUAUUGUUUAUUCUUGUAUCGUAGAUGCCGAUAGAUAAGAGUUGGACGACAUUAAGGAAGCGUAACUGUGAUGCUUAUUGGAACGGUCUCCAAGCCUUCUUGAGAAUGGCAAAAGAACACGUAGACUGCGACGGGAGAAUUUUAUGCCCGUGUGUGAGGUGCCUGAAUGUUAAACUACAAACUAUAGAUACAGUGGAGGCUCAUGUCUUUGACAAGGGUUUUCAACAGAGUUAUCAAAAGUGGGUUUACCACGGUGAGGUGGAAGCUAGUGUCGCCAAUGAGGUAGUUGAGGAGAAUGAAGAUGUAGACGAGAUGGUUGACGUCGUUGAUGAUUUCCUCUUACCGACAAAUGCAGAGGAAGCAGAUGGUGUGUCUGGCAGUCGAAUGGGACAGUAUUAUGACGAGUUGUUCGACGAGAUUGAAGCUGAGUUGUAUCCGGGUUGUGAUUGGAUAUCAUCCUUAAACUUUUUGGCGAAGUUGAUGCAUUUGAAAGUUAGAGGGAAGUGGCCAAAUAACUCUUUCGAUGAAUUGUUGAAGUUACUAAAAUUUGCAUUUCCGAAAGAUAAUAAAAUUCCCCCAACACACUAUGAGGCGAAAAAGAAGCUGAGUAAGUUAGGGUUGGGAUAUCAAUCAAUCCAUGUGUGUAAAUAUGAUUGUUCCUUAUUUUAUAAUGAGCAUGCAAGCAAAGAUUCAUGUCAUGUGUGUGGGAGUAGCCGAUGGGUCAAUGAAAAGAAGAAGGGGAAAAAGGUUCCACACAAGGUGAUGCGUUACUUUCCGUUGACUCCCAGAUUAAAGCGAAUGUACAGUUCAAGACAUACAGCUAAUGACAUGUUAUGGCAUCAUACUGGGAGAUCAAUAGAAGAUGGGGUGAUGCGUCAUCCGGUUGACGGGUCUGCAUGGAAAGACUUUGAUGCCACCCAUCCUGAUUUUGCAAAAGAUCCUAGAAAUGUUCGUCUAGGCUUGGCUGCUGAUGGGUUUAAUCCUUUUGGCAACAUGAGCUUAUCAUACAGCAUGUGGCCUGUGAUUUUGACGAACUACAAUCUCCCCCCUUGGCUAUGCAUGAAGGAAGAGUAUUUUAUGCUAACUCUGCUUAUUCCUGGGCCAAAAUCACCGGGUAAAGACAUGGAUGUAUUUCUAAGACCCUUGGUGGAUGAGUUAAAACAAUUGUGGAUUAACGGAGUCGACACAAGAGAUGGCACAAGGAAUGAAUUGUUCAAGAUGCGUGCAGCCCUUCUGUGGACAAUUAACGAUUUCCCUGCUCGUAGUAGCUUGUCUGGUUGGAGCGGGCAAGGGUAUAAAGCAUGUCCAACGUGCAAUGAAGACACCACUUCCAUUCGAGUGAUUGGUAAGACAUCGUAUGUCGGUCAUAGGCGAUUCUUGAUGAGUAAUCAUAAGUAUAGAAGAGACAAGGAAUUUGAUGGCAAAGUUGAGAAAAGAAAUCCUCCACAACAGUUUACUUGUCAACAAGUUUUAGAUCAAGUCAAUGCUUUACCGCUUCAAGUGUCUGGUAAACAUGACAGAUUUGGGGGGGUGAAGCGCAAGCGAGGUGUAGGGGAAAGUAAUUGGAGGAAAAAAAGUAUUUUCUAUGAACUUGAUUACUGGAGUUCAAAUCAGUUAAAACACAACCUAGAUGUGAUGCAUGUUGAGAAGAAUGUGUGCGACAGUAUCCUUGGGACUUUGUUAGAUAAUGAUAAAUCUAAGGACACCACUAACGCAAGACAUGAUUUAAAGAAUAUGGGGGUUAGGAAAUCAUUGUGGAUUUACGAGGAUGCCAAUAAAAGGUUAAUGAAACCGCAUGCUCCAUACGUGUUCACUUUUGAACAGAGGCGAGAUUUCUGUCAAUUUUUGAGAGGAGUGAAGUUACCCGAUGGUUUUUGUUCUAAUCUAAAGAAAAAAGUCACAGACAAUGACUCAAACAUUGUUGGGUUGAAGUCCCAUGAUUGUCAUGUGAUAAUGCAACGAUUACUUGCAGUAGGUGUUCGCAAGUUUUUACCAGAAUCUAUAUCCACUACCAUCACUGAAUUGUGUAAUUUCUUCAAACAAUUGUGCUCUAGGACACUGAACGUUUCUGAUAUGGAGAAAGCUAAGGAUGACUUGAUUGUUAUUUUAUGCAAGAUGGAGUUGAUUUUCCCUCCAGCAUUCUUUGACAUAAUGAUCCAUCUGGUUUUGCACUUGCCUGAUGAAGCAAUAUUGGGAGGACCUGUAUUUAUGAGGUGGAUGUAUCCUUUUGAAAGAUACAUGAAAAAAUUAAAAAACUAUGUCAGGAAUAAAGCUCGUCCUGAAGGAUCUAUAGCAGAAGGAUAUGUUGCAGAUGAGGCUUUGACAUUUUGUUCAAUGUAUUUCAAAGGUGUGGAAACAAAAUUUAAUCAGCCUGAUCGAAACGAAGAUGCACCGUAUGUGAAUCGACACCUCACAGUGUUUGAAUCUCAAUGUCGUCCUCUUAGUAAGGGAAUUCCCGUGCCCCUCGAUGAAAAUACUCGGAAUAAAGCUGAGUGGUUCAUAUUGGAUAAUUCUCCAGAAACUGAAGUGUAUUUAGAGGAACACCUAACUGAGGUGCAACAAAGAGAUAUGGCUGCCAAUCAUAAAUUGAUACAUAAGAAAGAGUUUCGUUCAUGGUUUCAUAAGAAGAUAUAUGACUUGCACCAACUUGGGUCAUUAGAGCAUGCUGAUGAAUUACUAGCUUUAGCAUCUGGGUCAGAUCUAUUAGCUUACUCCUACCAAGCAUGUAUAGUGAACGGAGUUCGAUUUGUCUCAUACAAUCGAGAUCAAAAUCGAAUUACACAAAACAGUGGAGUGUGUGUUGCUGGAACAGAAGGUUUUAACUAUUACGGGCAACUUGAAGAAAUACUCCAGCUGUCUUUUACUGGUUCUUAUUCGGUGGUAUUAUUUCGAUGUAAAUGGUUCAAUACAGAUCCGAAAAAAAAGAAAACCAUCACUGUAAAUAAUAUUACUAGUAUCAAUGUUAGCGGUGAAUGGUAUAAAGAUGAACCGUUCAUACUAGCUAGUCAAGCAAAACAAGUAUUCUACAUCGAUGAUCUUGUUAGAGGACGAGAUUGGAAAGUUGUCCAAGAAGUGAAUCAUCGGCAAGUUUGGGACUUUCCAGAUGCUUCAGAUAUGAUUGCUGAUGUUGAUGUUGUACAUGACACCAACUCAUCGAAUUUUGUUUUGACUGUGGAUCUCGGAGAGUUGGUUGUUCAGCAAUCUGAUGUACCAGCAACUCAAGUCAACACGGCCCAUCGACCUUCUUUAGUUGUUCAAGAAGAUGAUGGAUUUAUUAAUGACAAUGAAGAUGAUAUGGCAGACAGUGUAGAAGAAGCAGAAGAUGAGGAUGAAUUAAUUGUCGACCUUAGUGAUGAUAAUACUGAUGAUGUGUGCCCGAUAGAUGUUGAUGUAAUUAGUGAGGAUAGUGACUAUUCUACUUAGUUUUGUAUCUAGUGUUCAAUGUAUUAUGCAUAUUGAGAAAUAAAAAGUUCGUUUCCA